CUCUAUGUGCAGGCGUGUAGGAAUUGCAGUUGUUAUUGUCACAGCUGAUGGUGACAGAUCUGUCCACGUACGAUCAACAACAACGCGAUGGACGUGACGAUCCUGUUCAAAGCGUGCGUGAAGACUGUUCGCACCACGAACAAAUCUUUGGGGUUGAAGGACGCGAAGAGCGAUAUCCUGAGAUCGAGCAAGGAUGGGCACCUGCGGAAGGCCAAGGAGAUCGUGCGGCAGAUCACGAACCUGCAGAAGUUCUUCACCGACAACAAAGUGGCCUACUUGAACGUGGUGAAUUACUUAUCCACCAACAAGACGAUGACCGAGCAGGACCGCAUAGAGAUCGACGCCGAAGCGCAGAAGAUCAUCAAUUUAUCAACGGCGAUGAUCGGCGAGUACAGGAAGGAGAUCGUCCAGUGGAAGCUGUCCAAGCAGCAGCUGGAGCACUACGAGAACAUACUGAAUACGAUCGAAGCUUACCUGAAGGAGGUGUCCAAGGUGUACAUAGAAGCUAAAGCGAUGCGGGUGAAGAAGGUAAUAGAGAUGCACAAGAUCUCGAAGCUGGAGAUGCCUUCUUCGUCGUCUACAGCGACCGAGCAGACGCCGAGGAUUCCCAGCCAAUCGGAGACGCAGGUGGAGAACGAGCUGAGCGCCGAGGAGAUGCAAAUGUUCGAAUCGGAGAACGAUAUGCUUUACAACGAGCUGAACAGCAUCUCCGACGAGGUGAAGCAGAUCGAGAGCAAGGUGGUGCAUAUAGCCGAGCUGCAGGAGCUCUUCACCGAGAAGGUGCUGCAGCAGGAGAUGGACAUCGAUAGGAUUGCGAACGUCGUCGCAGCUACCACCGAUGAUAUGAAGGGCGCCAACGAGCAGAUCAGGCAGGCCAUUCAGAGGAACGCCGGGCUUCGGGUCUGGGUCCUCUUCUUCCUCCUCAUCAUGUCAUUCUCGCUCCUCUUCUUAGAUUGGUACAACGAUUAAUAUGAAAGAAGAACAAACAAGACAUUAAACAAAUUUUAAAUAAAUUAAGCUUAACACAA